AUGGUUGCUACAGUUGUGGCCCUCAUAUUUGAGGGUUUGGAAAUCAACUAUGCUCAUGUCAAGUUAAUUCCAAUUGUCACAAAAUCAGGUGAAAUGCCUCCCACUGUGCCUCCUCAGUUCCGCCCAAUCUAUCCCGGAUAUAUCACAUCUGUCGAUGGUCCCCCAGCAAGUGCAGAUGCUCUUAAGGAGAUCCACACCAAAAUUACAAAGAUAACACCACCUCGCACUUGGGAAACACUUCAAAGCCACUCCAUAUUAGCCAUCAAGAGCCAGUGGUACUGCAAUCUCUUUCAGAUCCAAAAUACUGUCUUCCACAGUACGGUUGAUUACUUCAGUAACAAAUGUAAGUACUCCUAUGCUCUGACACCAAUCACAACUGACACCAUUUCUUUGCCAAUGGGCCUAGGAUCUGAUUCUGAGCCUGUAUUUGUCAAUAUGCUAGGCCAAGAUGUGUACUUGGCUGACUCCAUGCAGUUUGUGCUAGAAUACUUCUUACGAUUUCAAGAGGGGCUUCCAGGUACCUACUAUGUGUCUCCCAGUUUUCGAGGAGAGGACCCUGAUGCUACUCAUCUGAAUCAGUUCUACCAUGUUGAGUGUGAGCUGCUUGGUGACAUGGAUGCAGCUAUAAGCAUAGCAGAAAGCUAUGUGGUCCAUUUGACUAAAGCAAUGUUAAAAAAAAAAAAUCACUCAAAGAUGAUCCUAAGUACAGCAGGCAGGCUGUCUCAUGCACAGGAUCUGGUGAAGAAGAUGGAGAAACCACUCCCAAGAGUGACUCUGGAGCAAGCCAUUCCAAUGAUGCCAUCUUCUGACUGUAUUGAAUGGGUACAAGAGGGGCAGUCUCAGUUUGGUAGAAAGCUUACUCGCAAAGGAGAAUUAGUCUUGAUUGAAAAGUAUGGUGGUGCUGUUUGGUUGACAGAAAUGGAUCACCUCAGUGUGCCCUUCUACCAAGCUUAUGUUGAAGGGUCUAGUGAAACCAAAGCAAAAGCAGCCGAUUUGCUCUUGGGGUUGGGGGACACGGUAGGGCUUGGGGAACGACACUCCACCCCUGAGAUGGUACAAGAAGCCUUACGACACCAUGCUGUGCCAGAGGAAUCAUACAAAUGGUACAUCAAUAUGAGAAAAACCAUACCUUUGUUGACAAGUGGCUGGGGUAUGGGUACAGAAAGAUACCUGUGUUGGUUGCUCCAUCACAAUGAUGUUAGAGACAUGCAGAUCAUCCCCAGAAUGAAAGCCAAGAAAUACAUGCCUUAAACAAAAAAAUAUAUUAUUCAGUAAAUUGUAA